GCGGCCGCGGCUGCGUGUUUCCGGAAGACGUGGCGGCUCGGGCCGGGCGGCGUCCCCGCGGCUCUGCUCCGGACUCGGCUUCGCAGCGUGGGCCCCGAGGCGCCGCGGUCGCUGCCGCCGCCGCCACCAUGAUCUCCCUCACGGACACGCAGAAAAUCGGCAUGGGCUUAACAGGGUUUGGAGUGUUUUUCCUGUUCUUUGGAAUGAUCCUCUUUUUUGACAAAGCAUUGCUGGCUAUUGGAAAUGUUCUGUUUGUGGCUGGAUUGGCUUUUGUAAUUGGUCUAGAAAGAACAUUCAGAUUCUUCUUCCAGAAGCACAAAGUGAAAGCCACUGGAUUCUUUCUGGGUGGUGUGUUCGUGGUCCUCGUUGGUUGGCCUUUGAUAGGCAUGAUCUUCGAAAUUUAUGGAUUCUUUCUCUUGUUCAGGGGUUUCUUUCCUGUGGUCGUUGGCUUUAUCAGAAGAGUGCCUGUCCUUGGAUCCCUCCUAAAUCUACCUGGAAUCAGAUCAACCACAUAGGCCCAGAAGAGAUCCACAGGAAUGUUUGUAGAUAAAGUUGGAGAGAGCAACAAUAUGGUAUAACAGCAAGGGAACUGGAGACUUUAAAUGUUAUAUUAUUUAUGAACCCUUUGGAGACUAUUCAGCACAAAGUUUAAUUUCACAAACUAACUUGUAAAGUCCUUCAGAAGUUCAAAACACGCACCCUCCAAAGUACCAACACUUACAGAAGAAGCACUGACAGCAGGCUUGUGACCAGGUCAUCUGAGUGCUGCGGCUGGAGAGGAUGAAGCCUUGUUACGAUGCUUAGUGACUUGAGAAGGCUGUUUCUUAGGCUUGCUGCAACCUGUGAAACAGCCAGUGGUUCCUAGAGAACCAUGGUGUCUGUUACCUUUUUUUUUCUCUUUCUUUUUUAGAAGAUUCAGGAACACCAGUAGGCAUUUGAUUUUUUUUUUUUUAUGAUAGCCCAGAUAUUUCUAGGUGUCCUGGGUCUCUAAUAAUGAUGCCUGAAUUGGAUUGGAUUAUGUCGUCUCCAUGUAUCAGCCCAAGGAAAGCCCAGUUUCAUGUGUGAAUCACUUUUUUUGUAAACAUGAAAAUAAAACUUUUGUGGUCCUUUUGAAUCUUAAUAUUUUGGAGCCAGAUAAAAAUCUGAACUAGAUAUUCUUUUUCAGAAUAUGCAGAGGUCAUUUUGAGCUGUUACUUCUCAAUCAUAGCUGACCAAGUGCUUUCUUGACUCUACAACACUCUGGAUGCACAAAUCUCAUGGCCUGGGUGUAUUACAGAUGCCAAGCAGAGAGCAUUCUGACCAUGGAGUAGUCUGCUACAGAAGUUGUUGGAAUCAGUUGUUGAGAUAUUAAAUGAUGCACAUCAGAUGGUUUUUCCCAUGUCAUGAUGUAGUUUUUCUUCUUGUGUUCAUAAGAAAUUUGGCCACACGCCACAGUCUCCUACCUUGGUUUCACAACUUGUGGUGCUGUUGAAGGUGUGUAGCAUGUUAAAGGCAUGAUUCUAUGACUGUGAGAAGGGCUGUUAUUUCAUCUUAAUUUUCCUAUCUUCAGCUUUAUUGUAACAUCCAAAAAGCAGCAAGCACCACAUCUGCUUCCCCCACUGUUCUCCAUCUUGAGUUAGGAGAAAAGAUGCCCCAUUGACAUGUAAAAACUAUUAGGUUAUAGCUAAACAUGUGGGGUUCCUCAGAAGCAUGAUGCUGGUGGAAUCUUGUCAUUCCCUUCUGUUGCUAGUCUGCCAACAGGAACAAUGGUUUCCUUCCUUAUCUGGUCAUGGGAGCACUUCCUCAGAUGUAAUAUACUAUUUACCUUACCACUAAUAAUUAAGCUAUUUAUUUUUAGCAGUUUCAAAGCUUUUUAAUGCAGAAAAUCAUAAUUGUAUUUAUUUACAAACCAUUUCUACAAGACAUUACAAUGUUUGUUUUUAGUUACAUUUCUUGGUGCCAGGAAAAUCCCCAGCCUUGCCAGUCUGCAGAAGGAAGGACUGGUUUGUAGUGGGAUGGCUCAUUCUUGUGGAUUACUGUCAUGUUUGGUACUUGCAUCUGACUUUAUGGUGUAACCUGUGAAAACUCGAUAAAUAGAGAAUCCUACCUCAAUCGCUCAUGGGAUAAUAAAAGACCUGGCGUUGUGUCUGAUGCUCCUCAAAAAGUCACACCUUCCCUGGAGUGUCCAUGCCAUGCUCUGAGAACUGACUUGUUUGAGAUGCCCUCUAGACUUCUCAUAGGCUUUGGUCCAUAUGAUUUGACAGUGACUAGGUGUCACUCUGUUAGAGCAGGAGUUUGCCAUUUAAAUCCUCUCUCGACAUGACCCCAUCAAAGUGUCUUUUGCACUACAGCAAGCAUCCCCUUUCAGCAGUCUGAUUUCAGAACACUGAGCUGUGAGAAGAUGCAAGAAGCUCAUGGUCCUUUGUCAGGCAGACGACUGGGCUGGCUUUCGGUUCCAGGUGAGUCUGCAAUGGACCUGCGACUGCUUGACUGCUCAUCUCUGCGCUUCCUAGUCAGAACCGUGAGGAGGCUCUGUCUUUAAACAAACCAGCCUUUUGACUUCCGGAAGCCCUGUUCUUGAGGGCUCCCUCACCCCACCCACUUCUAAAAUCAGCCUUCUGUCUUUGUAACAAAAACCAAAACCCCAGAUGGAGGAAAAGUUCCAGUACUCAGCCUUAAGUGUUUCUGUCAUGUUCAAAUGUAUCUUCUGUAACAGAAACAUGCCUGCAAUGUUGUCCCUUACAGUUCUCUGGAAUUCAGCUGCUUUACAAGUCUCAUGGUCAAAUUCUAUACUCUAACAAUGGCAUAUUGUAAAUACACUUGUCUUACCUCAAUAAAAGGGUACUUUUCUAUUCA